AUGGCGACAUACAAUCUGUACAGACGACCAGAGCGCUCGGAGCAGACAAUCGGUGAAUGUAGACAUGUAGUCUUGGAGAAAUUUGUAACUAUUAAAGAUUCAUCGCCCUCCAAUGAAGAAGAAGAUGAAGAGUUCGACUAUGAACACGGAACUCAUGAUCCGGACAAUGAUUCUGAGGACAAGAACAUGAAAUCUGAUUGGCUUAAGUCUGUUCAGCUCUGGAACCAGCCAGAACCUAUUCUUCCCAAAGAGGAACGGUUGCAACCAAAGAUGAUUGAGACCAUUGUGGAGAUAGAUGAAAGUAUAGGAAAAUAUCCAAUCGUUAACAGUGGUGAAGAAAGGAAGAGAGAGGCGGAGAAAGACGCAAGAAGAAAGCAAAGAAGUGUAUAG